AUGUCCGGUUCCCUACCAUCCAUGGCCACGGCCCCGCUGACUCCAGAGCCCUGCGACUCGGCUCCCCCGACCACGCCGUUGCCACUGACCAUAUCUUCAAGAGCGGAGAUUGAUCUACGGGCAAUGUUGGAGGCAAAGAACAGCAUCAUUGAAGACCUGCGACAAAGAUUGCAGGACUCAGAAGCUCGUGCAGAAUCCUUGCGUGCCGAGUGCGUUCGGCUUCGCGCACGAGCUCCGCCUCCACAGCAGAUCAUGCAAUUGUUGCGCAGCGCGGCGGAGGGUGGUGCCAUGCUGCAGCGCUGCCUGGCGCGGGAAGCGCAACUGAGACAGGAGUGGUCAGCAGCAGCAGAAAAAGCUCAACGCAACUUGGGACGCGAGGUGGGCAGCUCCGCUCAGGUAGAAGAGGAAGCCCUCUUGCACUUUGAGUGUUUGGCUGCAAAAACCUCUGCGGACCUUGCGCAGGCGCAGCUGCGUGCUGAGUGCGCGCAGCUGAAGAGUGAAGCGGCGCAGUGGGCCGAAAAUUCGGAGAUGUGUACCGAACUCCAAGCCUGCACAGAGGAAGAGUUAAGCGUGGCCCGCAGCGAGGUCUGUCGCUUGCGCGAGCGCCUGGGGCACAUGGCGAAGGCGCGGAAGACGCUGAAGCGCCGGGUGCAGGCGCUCAGCGUGGAGCCUAAGGAGGUGGAACAAGCGCAGGAGCGAUGCCAACAGCUCUGUGAAGAGGCUGCUGUUGCAUUGAACAUCAAUGCAGAGAUUGAGAAGCGGCGAUUACAGCUGUUGCAAAGUCCAGAAAGCCCUGAGGAGCCUGAGGAUGCUGCUACGCUUGACCUUUCCAUCGAGAACCAGGAACUGAGAGAGAAGCUUCUGACGUUGGAAUCAGAGAUGUCAGGCCUUCGCGCUGAGAAGGAUUCGGAGCUGGCUGAGACUGUCCUUCAACUGCAUGGACCGGAAGUAGCUGAGGCGUUGCAACUUGAAUGCGAGAAUUUAAGACAGCAAGUUGCAGAGGCAGCUGCCACCACACCGGAGAAAUCGCUCCGACAUAUAGAGGAACUUGAGGUGGAGCUGUCUUUUUCCCGCGAGCAAUGUCGAGAGCUCCAGUUGCAGGUUGUGGAGGCCGUUGCCUCGCCAUCGCAGCGGAUAGAAGAGCUUGAGGCUUUGUUAGCGGCGCAAGAGAAUACUUACAGAGAGGAGCUGGAAGCCGGCGAAAAGCUGUGCGGACAGCAAGAAGAGGAGCUGCAGAAGCUUCGAGAAGUAGGCCAGCGACAGAGUUCGUUGUUGGAAGGAGCAGAGGAGGAGCUAUUCAAGUUGCGAGAAGAAGCACGUCAAUGGCAACAAGAGAGACAUCGACACUCUCAGGAACUCCAAAGGCACAAGGAGGAAGCAGAUCGACAAAGUGCGAUUUGCCAGGACUUGCAGAGACUCCAGGAGGAAACAGAUCGACAAAGAGCGAUUUGCCAAGAGGAUGCACAAAAGGCUCGGGCAGAAGCUGAUCGGCUGAGAACAGAAAGCUCUGAAAAGCUGAUGACUUCACUGAGGAAUGCGGAGGAUUUGCGCCGAGCACAACAGGAAGCGGAUCGAUUGCGCGAGGAGAACGCGCAGCAACUGACAUUGGCCACACGCCAAUCCGAGGAGCUACAACUGCUGCGCCAGGAGGCACAGCAGUUGCGAAACGAGUGCCGGGAACAGCUGGCACUGGGAGCUCAACAUGCGAAGGACCUGCAGAAGUCACGGGAGGAGGCUGAGCAAAAACGAGUCACCAUGGAGGAGGAAAAGCAUGUCUUGAAAGAGGAGCUUGGGAGUACCAAAGAAGAACUUCGAGCUAGCAAGAAGGAUUGUGAAAGCCUGACUGCAAAAGCAAACGAUCUUCAAGAGGAGCUGCAGAACACUCGUCGCAAAAUGGCUGAGGAGCUGGAGGCGCUGCAAAGCAGCAAUGCUCAACAGGCCCAGGAGGUGAGGAUCUUGCAAGAGGAACUGGAGUCCAGCCACCUGGACCGGGAUCAGCUGAAGGCGCACAGCGACCACCGGGCACUGCUGCUGUCGGAUCAAGCGGAGGAAGUCCGUCGAUUCAAGGAGGAACUGGAAAUCACUCAAGCCGCCAAUGCCCAGAGCAAUGAGGAUGCCAUGAGGCUGCAGAAGGAGUUGGACCAGUGCCGUGCGGAAGCAGAUUGGCUGCAGGCCGAUCGAGCUCUGGCACCCCCAGAGGAGUUUCAAGCCCUUCGUGCGGAGACGGAGCGCUUGCGCGCUGCAGAUGUGGCCGCCACAUUGCUGUUGUCGGAAAAGGAGGAGGAAUUGCAGCAUUUGGCAGAGGAACUUGGCCAAUCUCGACAUCAAGUGGCCUGUUUGGAAGAUGAGAUGAAUCGGAUGGCCGAGGAGCGUGAGGAAUAUCGCCAGGAAGCGGACCAACUCCUGGUGGCGGAUGCCAUACGAGCAAGAGAGGAACAGGCCAGGGAGUCGGAGGCGCUUCGUUUGAGCGAGGAGCGUGAUGCUGCUCGCAAAGAACUAGAUGAGCUGAAAGACAACGAGGUACCUCGUCUGGUCCAGGAAGUACAACAAUCUCGGGAAGAUCUCAGGCAACUGCAGGAGACUCAUGAUACGACCCUCACGACGCAUGUGACCGAGCUGCAGUGGUGGAAAUCGGAGGUGGAGAAAAAAGCGCAGAUCAUUUCACAACAAGUGGAGGAGAUUAUCCAGUGCCAAGAUGCGGUGGAUCAUUGGAAGUUGGAGGCACAGAAUGCUGCAGCAACCAUUGGGAAGCAAACGCAGGACGGCGAUUGA